ACCUUCUUGUGUUAUCAAACCUAGAGCUAGUAACUCGUCAUCAUGGCUGACAUCAACCCACUCGUGCCUCUGCAUCUUGCUCAAGCUGCCAUCUUUACAGGCAGAGAGUUCAACAGUCCUGAAGACUACAAUCGCUAUCUUCUGAUAUUUCAGGAUCGUCCUCUGUGUCCCCCUGUGUCUCUUCAUCUUGUCCGCUUCAAUCGCUAUGAUAUGAAUCUUCCUGUGCUGAUCAAUGUUGUAGAUCCUCCUACCUUCACUACCACGGUCUACAAUUAUCUGCUCACUAUUUCUGUUGACUUGCUGUCAUAUGUGCUUGGGUAUCCAAUCCAAGGAGCAGAAGUGGUGGACGAAGCUGAUUUCCCAACUAUGGAAUUCAAUGAGAAUGAGGCUAUGCAUCUAUAUGCUAGGGAUAUCGGUGCCUAUCAUCCUGCCAGACUCGAUGCUAGGCGCUUGCCAGAUGAUCUGAAAGUGUUGCAUUUCUACAUUACUCGAGUGUUUAUUCCUCGUUCUCAUGUACUCACUCGCAUAUAUCCCAUGGAUAUGUGGAUCCUUGCCAGUGCAAAAGAGAAUAGGCGCAUCAGCUAUCCCCAUCUUAUGAUAGGUCACAUGAUGCAGUACUGUGAUGACUAUUUCAAUGACGAGCUGCCUUUUGCUCCUCAAAUCACACUACUUAUGCGCUCCUUGGGUCUCGAUCGGCCCUACAAAGUUUCUCGCGUUAACCUCAUCGAUACUCUUAGGGCUCAGUUUGUUCUUCGUAAGGUCAAUGCCCUUGUAGGUCGUCGUCGUCCUCGGGUCAAUUCUUCAGGGGGAGUGACUGUUGGCAAUGUCGUUCCUACCGAAGUGGCUGAAGGUGGACCUGAAGAAGAAGAAGAAGAAGAAGAAGAAGAAGAAGAAGAAGAGGCGGUACCUGAAAAUGAGGAGGUCAUGUCUGACAUUUUAGACUAUUUGUCCUCACCUACUUAUCCCUUCUAAGAAUUCUUAGGUGGCUGAUGUGAGGGGGAGUAAAUUGUUCUCAAGUCGGUCUAAGUAAGAGUUAGUAGUCUGGGUGUUAAAAUAAGUGUCCGUAGGUUUUUGAAUAAAGCUCUGUCGUUCUGAGCAUCAGUGUCUGUUCCUAAAUAAAGCUCUAUCUAAGAGCAUAGGUGUCGUGGCUAAUGAGAUUUUGAUAUUGGUUGUAAAACAGUGUUGGUUUCUGAAAUAAUAUUACUCUUCUUUGUGUUCUCUCCUGUUAUAAGUUAAGUUUUUUUCUUUGACCAAUGUCUAGAUCAGUCUGCACGUAAUGAGUGUGCUAAUGUGUGCAGGAACGCCAACUGCAACAGGAUGGAAUCAUUGACAAGCUGAGGGGGAGACUGUUGAGAGCAGCUUGUCAACAAAGAUGAGCUGAUCGU